AUGAGAGCGCCCGAGAGCGCCCUUUUAGACCCUGGGAAGCAGCUGUCGGUGGAUGUCCGUGUACAGGCAGGGGCCAUGAACCCUGAAGACUGGCAGGCGAUUGCAGAAGAAUGGCGCGCAUCCUAUGCUCAUUUUACGGCAAGCUUUGAGCCAUCAUCAUCGUUUGUCUCGGUCGAUGAGCAUCACUACACCUAUAUCCAGAAAUUGCUCCAGCAGAGAGGUCUCGAUGGCAUGCUCACAGAUGAAGAGCGGUGGGAUCUUGCACUCUUGGAAGGUCUAAGACUGUUGAACUGCCAGUUCCGUACCUGCAUCCUGUCAAAUGGUAAUGUGGCUCUCCUGGAAGAUCUUCGGAACUAUGGGUCUCUGCCCUUUACGGACGUGGCAAGCGCUGAGCACUUCGGGGCAUAUAAGCCCGCUCCUCAGGUAUAUCAUGGAGCAGCCAAGCGGUUCGGCUUAGAUCCCACUGAGUGUGGUAUGGUGGCUGCGCACUUAUACGACCUCAAAGCGGCAAAGGCAUUGGGAUUCAUGACAAUCUAUAUUGAACGGCCCCAGGAAGAAACCCUUACUUCUGAGCAGAUUGCUGAAGCUAGACUGGAGGGCUUUGUCGACCAGUGGUUCAGUCUUGGCUGUGGUGGCUUGGUUGAAGUAGCCAGGCGGUUUGGCAUUCCGACAGAAACGAGCUCGUAG